CGACAAGCUUCCGCCACACCACCACCACCAUUACCACUACCACCACUACCACCACCACUCACUCAGCUCGACAACAGCUACGACGAAAAGGAUUACAACAAGCUCUGCUGCACAUAGUACGGCAUUUUGCAACACGACGCUCCCAACCCCGCGUCGAAAGAACUCUCAGGAAUCCAGGCCCCGCAAAGAGAGCAGAAAAUGACUGCACUACCUCACGCCGUCGAUGCGGAGACGCCGCUCAAAGAUGCCGAGCUCGGCGUCUUGCGAUCCCAGUUCGAAAAGGAGGGCGACAUGGUCGGCGUGCAGACGAAAUUCAACUACGCCUGGGGCCUCGUAAAGUCCAACUCGAGGCACGACCAGCAGCUCGGCGUCCGCCUGCUGUCCGAGAUCUUCCGCGUCUCUCCCGAGCGGCGGCGCGAGUGCCUGUACUACCUGGCGCUGGGCAACUACAAGCUGGGCAACUACGGCGAGGCGAGGCGGUACAAUGAUUUGCUGCUCGACAAGGAGCCGGCAAACCUCCAGGCAGCCGACCUGCGGCGCUUGAUCGACGAUAAGGUCGCCAAAGAGGGGCUUAUGGGCGUGGCUAUCAUCAGUGGCGUUGCGAUCGCGGCAGGUGUGGUGGGAGGCAUUCUGUUCAAGGGAAGGAGAAGGUAGAAGAAGGCCGCGAUGUACGAUCAGCCGGAAAUAUUCAAGGCUCCGUCCAGGCUCGAGCGACACAACACCCCGGGUUUGGAUUGCAGUAAUACACGGGAAAGGGGACCGCGGCAGCACAGAUCGCUUGCGCGUAAAGGGAGCAGGCUGGGGAGAGCGCCCAAAGGGUUCAAGCAGAGCCAGAAGGAAACCCACAUUUGUACAAUCCCUCAUGAUUAAUGGUCAGCGCGUUGACUUCAAGAACAUCUUUACUCUUCUCUGCACCUAC